UGACGCUGCCGCUAUCGACCCGCUCGCAGCGCUUGAGGCCGAGUAUGCGGCCGUCUUAGCGCAGAGCAGAGCGCCUGCAGAGACUCCCGCACGGCAAGGUGACGCGGAAUCCGCUGGUAGCGACAGUGAAGGCGAGGAAAGCGCAGCGGUCGGAGGCUUCGAGAGCUACGCUUUGCUGCCUUCAUCCCCUUGCAAUAGUGACGACGCCGCUUCCGAGGCGUCUCUGAAGUUUGAAGGCAAUUUAGACAGUGAAGAGGAUGCUAAAGAAUGCUUUCAAAGCGAAAUGAAGACGGAAGAAGCGCCCACACAGAAGGAGGAUACCCGGUUGCAGGAGGACAAGCGUGUAGCUAUCAUGCAGAGCAUGCAGCAGGUUAAGCUGCGUCCGCCGCCAUGGGCGCAGGCUACUAAUCUGUCGGACGACGAGUUGAUCGAAAUGGUGCAAAAGCAGCUCGGACUCAAGAGCAAUACAACGUAACAGAGUGACACUUUUAUUGAUGAUAACCUCUAUGCCUGUGUCUUCACGCUCUUGGAAUUUACUUCCGCA